GCAGGCGCGGCGGUUGUGCGUGGUAAGGCGUCCCCCUUCCCUGCGCCUUCUGCCUGCCCUGCCUUGCCCGUUAGCGCCCAUUCUGGAGGUGAAGCGGCUGACUGACUCAAUGGCGGCGGCGGCGGCGCCCUGGCUAGAGCUUCCCGCCCUUUUUGAGAAGCCGGGCACGAUGAACGGCUCCUUCAACGAGAGCUUCGAGGCCUUGGUCUUCUUCCCGCGGGACCACCCCGUGGCCCCAACCCAAAGCCGCGCUCCUCUCGACGAUUUCGGCUUUUUCAAUUACGGCAUCUUCCACAUCAUGCGCCCCAACCGGCCCAUCACGCUGCUGCUGGUCUUCCUGAGCUGCGCCGUGGGAGCACUGUUGCGAACUGUUUUAAGAGAAACAAAAGUUCCUAUUCUUGUGAUUAUAUUUUUCAUCGGACUUGGCAUUGGAAUAUUAGCCCAUUUUACACAUCAGUUACCUUUUGUGAAGCAAAUUUCAGGUAUAGAUCCUGUGCUUUUUCUUCAUUUGUUUACACCAGUAAUAAUAUUUACAGCUGCAUUUGAGAUGGACUUCUAUAUCUUUCGAAAAUCGUUUUGGCAGGUGUUAGUCCUUGCAGUUCCUGGAUUUCUAAUGAAUUGUGGUUUCCUUGGAUGGUUAACUUUUAAAAUAAACAAGUAUAACUGGUCUUGGGAUGACAGCAUGUUGUUUGGAAUAAUUCUUAGUACAACAGACCCUGUUCUCUCUGUGGCUUCUGUAAGAAACAUUGGACUUUCAAAAAUAGUUACAAACUUAAUUAAAGGCGAGUCUUUGUUUAAUGAUGCUACCACAGUAAUUAUUUUUGAGUUAUACAGGGACCUUAUAAAUCAAAGUCAUCAUGAAGUGGUUAAAGAGAUUUUUAUACAGUUGAUGUUGAAAUUUUUUGCAAGUAUUGCAUUUGGAUUUUUGAGUUCAAAAUUAGUUAGUUAUUGGCUGGCACAUAUUUUCAAUGAUGGAAUUAUAGAAGUAGUUUUAAGCUUCUCCAUGGCAUAUAUAAUUUUCUUUUUGGCUGAAUGGUUUGGAAUGUCUGGCGUUAUUGCUCUUUGUAUGUUGGGUCUUCUUCUGGAUUCUGUAAGUUUUAGUCCAGGAAUGGAUGUGUUUCUUUAUAAGUUCUGGGCAAUGCUGACAUUUUUGGCUCAUAUUAUGAUCUACCUUAUAAUGGGAAUUGUGAUUGCUCAAAAAACAUUUCCAUAUAUCAAUACGCGUGCUUUUUUUUCUAUUAUAACAGUAUACCUUUCAUUGAAUCUUGUACGAGCAUUAGUAAUUUUGACAUUGAGCCCUUUUUUGAGUCGUCUUGGCUAUGGAUUUAAUUGGCGUUGGGGUGCUGUUGUUGUUUGGAGUGGAAUGAGGGGUACGUUCACUUUGAACAUGGCUCUGGCAAUUAGCCAGACACAAAGUUCCACAGCAGCUGAACUUCAGGUUAAGACCAUGAUAUUACUGCAUUGUGGAACAGCAUCUUUGUUAACCUUAAUAAUUAAUUCUACCACUGUGAAAAAGCUUGUUAUGACAUUAGGCCUUUGUAAUAUUACCCUUCCAAAGCGCAUGGCAAUGCAUAAUGCAGUUCAGCGUAUCCGACAAAUGGAGGCCAAUGCCUUUUCAAUGUUGAAGCUUGACAGAUUUUUGGCUGAUGCAAAUUGGGCAAUGGCUGAAGAUUCAAUGACAAUUGACUACCCUUAUAAAUUAGAUGCAGAAGAAAUACGUCAUUUGUCCAAAAGUCUGAAAUGUCCAGACUGCGAUGCUGAUAUUACAUUUGAAAGGAGUCCUCAACAAAUUGCUGACAUAAUGGAAGAAGCUAGAUUACGCCUCUUAACUGCACAAAUAGCAAGUUAUCAGAAGCAAUAUAACAGUGGAAUGUUAAACCAAGAGGCUGCUCAAACAUUAAUAGGUGCAGCAGAAAGCUAUGUUGAUAUUGAAGGAAAGUUUAUGAAUAUUCAUGAAGUAAAGACAUAUUGGGAAAGCAAAGGAAUGCUGGUGACGAUGAAGAAAUGGCUAUCUGAUUGGGUUUACAAUGUGAAAGACGAAAUAACAAAGCCACCAAAAAACAAGUUUUUGAGGAUGUGUCACCAAAUAGUGUUUAUGGAAGAGUUUGAAUAUAUAAGUACCUUGAUAACAUAUUUGAACAGUGUUCCUAUUAUUCUUAACUUUAUAUCGAGUGUGAAUGAAGAAUAUCUUCCACAACUAAGAAUGUGCAACUAUUACUUUCUGUGUCUAUACAUAGGAGAAGCUAUCCUGAAGGCUUUUGCAAUGGGGAGGACCUAUAUCUAUUACCAUUGGAAUCAGUUUGAUCUUAUAAUAAUAGUAGUUGGAAUCAUAGAUGUCAUGAUUAUUAAUCUCUUUAAAAAUAUGACCCCAUCAUACCCUAUGAUAAAUACAAUCAGAAUAUUUCGAUUUGGUCGCCUUUUAAGAGUUUUCCGUCUCUUUAAGCUUAUGCUACCAACAUUGAUUUUUGUAUUGGAUAAACAAAUAAACAAACAGCUCACUUUCCGGUAUGACAUUGCCAAAGGUUAUGUUCAAGGUGAAGAAGAUAUUAAAUGUUUAAUUGAACAGAUUGCUGGCCACGAGAAAGUUUACAUGGAAAUAACCAAAAUAUUGGAAACAAACAAACAAGAGGCUAUGAAGGAGUUAGGGCUAAUGCAACGUGAUUACCCAGAGAUAGUUACCGCUGUGAAAACCAGACAAGCAGUUCAAACAGUGCUGAACACAGCUUCAGAAACCCUUAAGUUUAUGAUAUCAGGAGGUAUUGUUGAUAAAAAUGAAGGAGCUGAACUGCAUAAGAUGAUUCUUGUGAAGAAAAAACAGCUUGCAAAACUCCCACCUACAAUUGCACCACCUACUGCACAGCAACUUCUGCAUAAUGUUAUGUGGCUACAGGAUAACAAAAACCAGAUUGAGUAUAUUCAGAAAAAAGCAAAAAUUCUUUAUUAUGACUAUGGAGAUAUCAUAUGUGAGGAAGGUGAAUUACCCCAAGGAAUUCAUUUAAUUGUUUCAGGAAUGAUUAAGCUUUCUGGUUCUUCUCCUCCUCGUUAUGGAGUUGAUAAAGAUUUUAUGAAAGAAGCUGUUAACAGACACACAGCUGCAUCUUCCUAUACAGACUACAUGGUCACUGGUGCUAUAAUAGGAGAGCUGAACUGCCUAACUAAGCAAGAAAUGGAAUAUGCGGUGUCUUGUGAAACUGCUGUGCAGACGUGCUUUAUCUCUAUAGAUGAUUUGCUUGAAGCUUUUGAUAGGUUUUUAGAACCACCCUCCUUAGAAUAUAAAAUAUGGCUGAAAAUUGCUCUUGAUAUUGCUCUCAAAACCUACAAAGAAAAUCUUCCUAACCAGGACUGGACAUACAAAAUGUGUGCACAGUAUUCUAACAUGUACGUUAUAGAUGUACUAAACCACACCAAAUGUGACAUUUAUGAUGAGGCUAUGGAUGAUGUCAUUCUUGUACAUGGAACAGUACAAGAUUGUCAAUUGGGACAACGUUAUUGUGCACCAUGUAUUUUACCUAAAACCUGUCACCAGGUACAAGGUACUUCACCAGCCACUAAAUUGUUAAUUAUACGAAGUAUGGAGGCACGUAAGAACACCGGAACAUGCUUUAAUGUUUGCCAGUAUCAUUCAGAUCGGAGAUGUGCUACAUUGGGGCAACUUUUUUCACUGGAAUCAAGAAAUCGUAGUUCAAUACCCAAUGAUUUGGAUUAUACAUAUAUGAGUUCCCAGAGCCCCAGAAAAAAUUGAUAAGGAAUGAAUGUGUUCCAGUACCAUAAAGCUGGGUGAGAAAGGAAUUAAGACAUAACCAUUGAUAACAGCUCUCUAGUGGAAUCAAUUAUUUUUUAUUUUUUUAUCCUCUUGAGAAUUUUAAGAAUUUACAUUUUUAGAAUAUUUUUAUUAGACUCAACUAUUUGUAAAAUAGCACUUAAAUUGUUUUUAUUUAGUUUUCAAAUAUCUAGUGUUAUUUCAGCUGUUACAACGAAUGCAAUACAUCUUCAACUAAUUUUAUGCCUUCAGAAUGUAUGUCACUAAACAGCAAGAACAAUAUCUAUUGAUACCCAUAUUGAAAUGUAUUUCUUCCUAACUGGUUACUAUAAAUAAUAAAACAUGGGUUUGCCAUCAAAUAGAACUUUCUAGCAAUGAGGGACUUGUUAGAAAAAUAUUUUAGAUUGCAGAAUAAUAUUUCUUCAUUGUAGUCUCUGUGAAUCACAAAUUAGGUAUUAUCGUGGAUGCACAGAGCAUUGGUCGGAACCUUCUAGAAUCACAGAAAUCUUUUGGCAGUAAGUAACCCUGCCCACCAUCCUGAGGUUAUAUAAGGCCCAGUGGCCACUGAAAACCUUCAGUUCCUUUGAUCCAUGCUGUAGACAGUUCAAGAACGCAGCUCGUCUUUGGUUGUUAGCUUGCUAUUAGUUUUCUAAGAUUACUUGAUAGUGAUUUUGUCUGACUUAUGAUCAGUUUUUCUGACUCUUGUAGUUGUUGGCUCAUUACUCCUGCUCCUGCUUUGGACUUAAUUCUGUGAGUACGGUGUGGGCCACGUCUUUUAAGCAUUGCGAGCAAUGUUCAGGCAAAUUGUCCAAUAUGGACAGGCACUCCAAGUGCCUCCUCUGAUUGGGCAAAGAGCAUUCCAUCCACACUUGUAUCCACUGCCAGGCUUUCUCAUCUCAAGCACGGAAAAAUAGAGAAGCGAGGCUUCGCUCUUAUCAGCCCUAUUACCCUGCUUGUUGGCUUUGAUGUCAGCGUCAAAGCCACCUUCGGGAACAAAAAAGGUGGAUGUUGUUCCCUCUACCUCUGCAUUGGCUUAGAGGAAGCCUGUGCCCCUUUCCACAUCCUCUAUGAAGGCAUAAAGACUGACUCACACUUGACGGAAAGGGACAUAUUUCCCAUUGUAACACAAUCAAUGCGGUCAAUCCAACACAACUUUUUUGUCUCUGAACUCAUUGCUUCAGAGUUCAGCUAAGCAAAUUCUUUCCUGUUUGGUCCAACAUCACUGGCAAUCGCUGGAUAUUCAGCACAAUUAUAUUCAACUAUAUCAUCAGGUUCAAAUUUUUG